AAGGAAGGAAGGAAGGAAGGAGCUGCUCUCCGAGCUCAGCGCUCUCCCACGAGUCCAGACCCUGGAGCGCCCGGCUGGCACCGCCGUCCUGGAUAAGCCUUGGGGUCCCGGGCUGGGUGCCGGCCGCAGGGGCCUGCGGGGCCUCUGGAAGGGGCGGGCUCGCUGCAGCCAGGAAGCCCGGAGCCGCCCAGGAAUCUUGGCUCGGCCCGCUCUGUUUCCUCCCCGCCCGGCGCGGUCCGGGACAGACGCCCGCUCGCCCUGCACCAUGCGCCCGCUGCUCUGCGCGCUGGCCGGGCUCGCUCUGCUCCGCGCCGGGCACUCAGCGGAUGUUUUCCCAGUGCCUGUGGGUCCCACACAGCUGCCAGCUGUCACACGCAAGCCCUGCUCCUCCACCCAUGGCCACCGUCCAGGCGCCCAUCAGGCCUAGGCAGGAGCCAGGCCAGAGAGAGCAGCCCAGCCUCCAGGGAGCUGCCGAGCCCCUCAGUGCCUCCCAAGGAGACCCAGCUUGGAGUGCAGGCUGUGACAGGCUUGUGGCUGUCCAAAGCCGUUUAGAUGCCAUGGAGGAGACUGUGGAGAAGACGACCGAGCACCUGGAGGCCGAGGUGAAAAGCCUGUUGGGGCUGCUGGAGGAGCUGUCGUGGCACCUGCCCGCGGCGCCCUUCAGCCCGGCCCCCGACCUCCUCGGGGAUGAUCACUUCUGACCGCCGAGGUGGGGCAAGUCCAGCCGCUCUAGGAGAGGCCUGUUGGACAGCACCCGUCUGAGGACAGUCACGCCUUCCUUCCCCACCUUUGCGUGAAAUAAAAGCUACUCCUCAGGUCUCCUGUG